CAGUGGCUGACAGUUCAGAAGUGCGUAGUUUUUGCUUUAGACUAAAUCAGACUUUCUACAUUUUGGAAUAUGCGACUGUUUCUUUCUCUUCCAGCUGUGCAUACUUUAAAGGUUCUGGAGAAGUGGAAAUAAUUACAGGAAGAGUAAAGGUUGCCUUUUGUAGAAGUUGCAUCUUGCAGCCCUGGCGUCACUGAAGGGAGACGUAGUGGAUCUAAAUAAAAGACUACAGCAGACAGAGCGAGAAAGAGAUCUCCUAGAAAAGAAGUUGGCAAAGGCGCAGUGUGAGCAGUCUCACCUGAUGAGAGAACACGAAGAUAUCCAGGAGCGGACAACACUGAGGUAUGAGGAACGUAUCACAGAGCUCCACAGCAUUAUAGCAGAAUUAAACAAGAAGAUCGAUCGGCUCCAGGGGACAACAAUAAGAGAGGAAGAUGAGUAUUCAGAACUGCGAUCGGAGCUCAGUCAAAGCCAGCCAGAGGCCAAUGAAGAUUCACACAGUGUGGAGCAGGACCAGAAUUCCGUCUCGGUGCCGGAGAAUCAGUCCACCAUGGUUACAGCAGACAUGGAUAACUGUAGUGACCUGAACUCAGAGCUGCAGCGAGUAUUGACAGGAUUGGAGAAUGUCGUGUGUGGCAGAAAGAAGAGCAGCUGUAGUUUAUCCGUAGCCGAGGUGGAUCGGCAUAUCGAACAACUUACUACCACCAGUGAACACUGUGACCUGGCAAUCAAGACAGUAGAAGAGAUUGAAGGUGUACUGGGACGAGAUUUUUACCCUAACCUGGCUGAAGAGAGAUGUAGAUGGGAAAAGGAGCUGGCAGGCCUAAGGGAAGAGAAUGAAAGCUUAACAGCCAUGUUAUGCAGCAAGGAGGAGGAAUUAAACAGAACAAAGGCGGCAAUGAAUGCAAUCCGGGAAGAAAGAGACAGACUACGGAGAAGGGUGCGGGAAUUACAGACACGAUUGCAAAGUAUCCAGGCAACAGGUCCAUCAAGCCCAAGUCGCCUAACUCCAGCCAGCCGUCCCGUCAAUCCCAGCACAGGAGAACUGAGUACAAGCAGUAGCAGCAAUGACAUUCCUAUUGCGAAGGUUGCCGAACGAGUAAAACUCUCCAAGACAAGGUCAGAGUCAUCGUCAUCUGAUCGGCCUGUCCUGGGAUCUGAAAUCAGCAGCAUUGGGGUGUCCAGCAGUGUUGCGGAGCAUCUGGCUCAUUCCUUACAAGACUGUUCAAACAUACAAGAAAUCUUCCAGACUCUCUACUCUCAUGGGUCAGCAAUAUCAGAAAGCAAAAUUCGGGAAUUUGAGGUGGAAACAGAAAGGCUCAAUAGUCGAAUUGAGCAUUUGAAGUCCCAGAAUGACCUACUUACAAUCACACUUGAAGAGUGCAAGAACAAUGCUGAGCGAAUGAGCAUGCUGGUUGGGAAAUAUGAGUCCAAUGCCACCGCACUGAAACUUGCACUGCAGUACAGUGAACAGUGCAUAGAAGCCUAUGAGUUACUGCUUGCCCUGGCGGAAAGUGAACAGUCUCUUAUUCUUGGGCAGUUCCGAGCUGCAGGUGUUGGAUCUGUUGGUGAUCAGACAGGAGAUGAGAAUAUCACCCAAAUGCUUAAGAGAGCUCAUGACUGCAGGAAGACCGCAGAAAAUGCAGCAAAGGCACUACUCAUGAAGCUGGAUGGCAGCUGUGGGGGUGUGUAUGCAGUAGCAGGGUGCAGUGUUCAGCCAUGGGAGAGCUUGUCCUCAAACAGUCAUACAAGUACCACCAGUUCAACUGCCAGCAGCUGUGACACGGAAUUUACCAAGGAAGAUGAGCAGAGGUUGAAAGACUACAUCCAGCAGUUGAAAAAUGACAGAGCAGCAGUGAAACUGACCAUGUUAGAGCUUGAAAGCAUACACAUUGAUCCCCUUAGUUACGAUGUCAAGCCGCGAGGAGACAGCCAAAGACUAGACUUGGAAAAUGCCGUCCUUAUGCAAGAACUCAUGGCGAUGAAGGAGGAGAUGGCUGAGCUGAAGGCCCAACUCUACCUGUUAGAGAAAGAGAAGAAGGCACUGGAGCUGAAGCUGAGCACAAGGGAAGCUCAGGAACAAGCCUACCUGGUCCACAUCGAGCACCUGAAGUCUGAGGUAGAGGAUCAAAAGGAGCAAAGAAUGCGUUCCCUCAGCUCGACUAGCAGCAGUGGCAAAGACAAACAGAGUAAGGACAGUGGUGAUGGAGGAACACCGUCUGUAUCAAUAGCUGACAUAAGAACCUAUACUGACAGUGAACUAGCAGUGGAACUAACAAAUGCACUACGAAGAGAGAAGAAGCUAAAGGCCAGAGCACAGGAUCUAGUUACUGCUUUAGAAAGACUUACAAAAAGCACUGAGGUCCGUCACCAGCAGUCAGCUGAAUUUGUUAAUGACCUUAAAAGAGCAAACAGCAAUCUUGUAGCAGCAUAUGAGAAAGCCAAAAAAAAGCACCAAAACAAACUAAAAAAGCUGGAGUCACAGAUGAUGGCUAUGGUGGAGAGACACGAGACACAAGUGAGAAUGCUCAAACAACGGAUAGCAUUACUUGAAGAGGAAAAUUCCAGGCCACACACCAAUGAGACCUCCCUUUAGUUGGCAGCAGUGACAUGAAAGUUGCACCUGUAACUUGUUAAGAGGGAACAGUGAAUGCACUCUGACCAUGGGAUGGUAGAGUGCCCUGCACCUUAGAAGAUAGUGCCAGGACUGGUCACUGGGUGUAGAACAUCAUUCAGAAGAAGCCUGUUAAUGCUGUGAUGACUGGUACAGUAGCCAGUGGCUGACAGUGGCUUAAGUUUACUGUCUCUGUCUGUACAUUAGCCUCUAAGCAAGGAAUUUGGGCAUUCACGCAGAGCAACGUAUGCAUCUAAAAUAGCUCCACAGGGAGCUUGUCUGACUUUUACAGUCUUGUGAGGCACAGGAGUAUUACUUUAUAGUUGUGGAAUGCUGUGUAUAUCACUCCAUGCAACAUUGCUGCCUUACUGUACUUUUAAAUGGCAUGGAGUGAAUGCCCUUUGUAGGGGUUCCUUUUUGGAUUGUUCAGUGAGACAGUUCUUCAGUCCAGCAACAUACUGUGCAAUCAUAAAAAAUGAUGCACUCAUGAGAUGUUAUAGACAGACUGCUAUCCUUAAGAUCUUAAUGGGGAGGGAAAGUGUAAAGAUGACAUGUAAUAUUGAAAAACUGCACCUUUGAGUUUUAUCUGUAUCAUACUUAAGUAACUUUGUAUUGCAAAAUGUUUUUUUUCCUUUUCUGUAUAGUAGCACCAUUUUUGGAAUUCCAUUUUUACACAUACCUUUUUCUUACAAGUAUACAGGGGUUCCUACUAUUUGACUGAAAGCUCAUUUGAGUGAAUUCCGAAUGUUCAAAUACGUUUGAAAAAUAUUUAUCAUUUGACUGAAUCACGAUUGAUAGAAAAGAGUGGACAUGUACAGGUGAUAUGUGAUCGUGUAAUUUAUGAUCAUAGGAGUUAAGCUCAGAAAAGUAUUGUGGCUUGGCAGUGACCACUGUCAUGUUGCACCUCAUAUCUGAGGAUGUUUGCAUUUGCGUACCAGUACCGAUUCACUGUGUGUAGUAUGUGUUUUUGUUUUCUUUUCUGCAUGGCUGGGAUGUGUCUCAUGUAAAAACAUUUUUUAUGUUGAUAUGUGUUACGGAGAAUGUUUUCUCUCAGUUGUGAUUCAGUGAAACAAAUUUUCUCUCAUUUAUGUUGGUGGUGCAGAGUUCAGUCAAAUGAGCUAUUGAUCAAAUGACAUUCAUAUACAAGCACCUUUUUCAAUACUUUGCAUAGAGGUACAGUGGUAUCAGCCUGCAAUAUAUACUACAUAAGGUAUUUUGGAAACAAGUGCAAAUACCCUUCUCUCAAGAUGUGCUUUUGUUACUUUUGAACUGCUUUAGGUUAAGUGUUAGACAAACAGAAACAUUUCUAAGAUUUAUUAACCAUCAUAGGGUGUACAUACCUGAUUGGUAGCCAAGUUAUGCUUCACUUACAUUAAAAGAACAGAAACUAGGCAUUGUGGCCCUUUACAUAUCUGCCAUUACAGAAUACCAUUUGAAUAAUGCCCAUCUAUAGAGGUGAGGGUCCAGUUGUGAAAGUCUGGUUUGCAUGUUAUGACUAGCAUUGUAGAGUGGACUGUGACCGCUAGAUAAGAUUUCUUUAGGAGUAAGUCACUGUGAAGGGUAUAAGUUCAAUUCUAGCACCUUUUACCUUGUAUACUCAUUCGUGAAAGUAUUGUGCAUCUUCUUGGGGCUUGUUUCAGUACUUUUAGAAUCAAGACUAGAUUAUGGUGGUGUCCCUUUAUAAAUUAAGUUGCAUUUUGAUUGCACAGUUCAGUGAUAAUUAGCUUUAUUCCAUACACUGUGACCACUUUUCAAAUCUAAAGAUUUGGUAAAGCAGACCACAUGUUCAAAUUUAAACUGUAGGGUGUUUACCAAUCACUUUGAGCAUUGUUUACUCCACAGCAUAUAUGCUAUUAUGCAGAACCACCAGAACUAUUUAAAGUAAAGAACAAUAUAUUUCCUAUUUUAUUAAGAGUUUUGUAAGAAAAAAUGAAGUAAUAGAAAGUAACAGUUUGGAAAGGCUGUACUAUCCAAUACCAUUACUCAGAAUUACCAGGACAGCCCAAUGAAAGACCAUCGUGUACUAUCCAAUACCAUUACUCAGAAUUACCAAGACAGUCCAAUGAAAGACCAUCUUGUACUAUCCAGUACCAUUACUCAGAAUUACCAGGACAGCCCAAUGAAAGACCAUCUUGUACUAUCCAGUACCAUUACUCAGAAUUACCAGGACAGCCCAAUGAAAGACCAUCUUGGAAGCACUAGUAUUAGUUUGUCUUGUACAUGGUAUGUAGGUGACAUAUUUUGAUUCUGUAUACUUACUCACAUGAUAAUAAUUAAAGGUGCAAGGGCCCCUACAAACAUUCUUUAGUUGUAAGGUGUUGUGCCCAUCCAUUAAGUAAACCACAAAUAGUUGGCUAAACUGGGCCUUGUUCUCAUAGAUAGCACAGAUAAUGUAAAAGAUGGAUUUUCUCUCUCUCUCCCUCCUUCCCUAUAGUUUUACUCUUGAGAAUACACUUCCUUAUGGAUUUUCUGCAGCUCAGGGGCUGUGAAAUCUUCAUAACUGUAUGCAUUUUCUAACAUUUUUUUCUGGAAAUACAUGAACAAGAUGGUUAUGGAUUUUGUUUUAGCAGAGAAUGUGCUAGUACAGAUGGUCAGAAGUAUAUAUUACGUAUUUCCGAUACCUGGAAUUCUUGAAGCCAGCUUUCUGAGACUAAAAUUUAUGAACUGUAUCUAAAAUAACAUGUCAGUAGCCCCCACCCCACGUGCACACUAUGCAGAGGACUUUGUCUCACUUCAGCCCCUUUCUGCAUAUUUUUCAAUCACUACAUCUCAGCAGUAAAAUGCCCAGAUGUUUUAAAAUAUUUAUAUUUAAUCAUUUGGAGUUCUAAGACUAAGACCCAAGUUUUUUUUCCUGUUUACGAAGAUCCUAUCAUUUCAAAAUUUAUUGUCUGGUAACUCUGUUGUCUGUGUAGGACCAUUUCACUAUGGGCAAGUGUGAUCAGGUCAGCACAUCGGUCCCAUGAUUAAGUCCUUUAUCCAGAACUUGAGCAGAUGAUGUUUUCUUGAUGGCCAAGUUUAAGCAGUACCUUGUACAGUAGCUUACCAGUGGUUAGCAUGCAAACUUAACCAAGUUAUCUCUCAAGCUGUAUGGCCUUAUCAAGCCAACAGAAGUGUUCUUAAAAAGAUAUUUGAGGUAAUUUCAGUCAGCAUUUCAGAAAUUCAGAAUACCUGGUAGCAGAGAACUGCAUAUAAUGGUAGGUUAACUAACAGAACCUGCUGCUAAAAACAGCUACUUUCUCAUAGUUUUAACAGUGUAAAUGUACUGGUAAUUUUAUCUUUAAAGCUUUGAUUACACAUUGCAGAAGACUGUUUGCUUUAUUGAUAUCUAUCUCCUCAGACUUUUUUUGCUAAAGUAGAGCUUUGCUGGGUGUACUGAACUGACAAAAACUCCCAUCACUAUCGGGAUCCCCUAUCUUUUCACAGGUACAAUGGAACAUUUGUCCUCUGUGUCAGGAUGACAGAGUGCAAAUGUUUGAACAGUACCAUGUAACAUUGUGCCUUUCCCAUUGUCAUAGAACUCUGAGUACUGCAGUCCCUGCCUUAGUUGCUGCCAAUCACCAGUCCCAGGAUGUUGCACAUACUGCAGUUUGACUGCAGGCCCUGUUUCUGUCUGUGUCCCUAAAAUUCACUGAAUUUCCUUCACUAAUAAUUGGUAGGCUGAAAUCAAUCUAAAAAUUUGAGAGCAAGACUCUCAAUCCCCUACACACCUCUGAAGCCAUCAUUCCUUAAAGUAGCAAGCAUACAGCUAAGGAAUGCCAAAUUACCAUUAAAACAUUGUCCUUUCAUUUGCAUCUUCCUGUUAGCUAAAAUUUGGCAGACCACAGUUUGUCUGCUGAAUUCAGCCAAGUCUCACAGCCUACUUAUGCGUAGUCAGGUGACUGGUUUCCAUUGUUCUGUUUACUGAGAACAACGUUGUCAUGUCUCUCUCUCAGCCAUGCUUAGCUCUCAGCUAUUGCAUUGGUGUGAUUUCCAAGUAUGUGUUAGUCACUGCCCAUUUCACUGAUGACUUUGGUGGUAGUUUCACCAGCCAUGCAUGUGUCUCUGCCCUGUGCCAUACAGCAGACUACUGUUAUUUCAGGUACUUUGUAGAUGCCCUGAUUGAGGAGAAAUUUCACUACACACAACAUGCAAUCCUAGAGGAGAUGCAGGAAAAGGAUGGCAUUCAUGUAUGCAUCACUAUUAUCAAAGACUGGGUGUGGAUUUGGUGGUUUUAUCACUUUUUUAUUCAGACCUCUGGUAUUUACUGUAUAACCAUUAGGUUUGUCACAGUAAGCAGUGACUUAUGCUGUGACUUUUUUAGCAGUGACAUCAUAGACUCUUUAGAAAUUCUGGAGUUUUUCUCUUUCAUUUGUCUUAAAUGAUCAUGGACACUGCAGGAUAUGACUACUACUUAAACAUUGCAGGGUAAACAAAAUGCACCGUGUCCCAGAAUUCUCCCUUUGUGACAGCACAAACUCAGUGACUCCCUGCUUAUUGGCUGUCAUGAUAUGCUGCAGGUCCUCAACUGUAUGGUUUCACUGCCCUAAUUACAGCGCAAAUUUGUAAAAUCAUUCUGCCUAUUGUAAUUGCAUUACAGUGAAAAUGUUGUACAAUGCUUAUAACUGAAACAAAAAGGAUGUAAAUACUAGGCAUUCAGGUUUAGAACAUGACUGGGGUAUGAUGAGAAUUGUUUGAAGUAGACAUUAGUGCUACAUGUCUCUGGAGUCUUGUUAGAGCUAGGAAGACGGAUCUGCAAGCAUUUUUUUUUUGAUACCAAUAAAGGAGACAACCACAAAGUGAAAACAUUCUUAGAUUCAGUUUAUUUGCCUUGCUCCAGUAAGUAGCUUGGCAGAACAUUACAGAAAUCAUAGACGUAAAUGCUUAAUUUAAAGCAAAGCCUGUAAUGAAUACCUGGAUGGACUAUAAAUCCUUAACUACAGAAUUUUGGAGAUGAAAUGAGUCAAAAAGUCAUGUUCCAAGAAGACCUGCUUUCACUCCAGCCAUUAAAAGGUACAGGUAAAACAGACUGAAACCAGAAAUAUAGAAUCCAGAUGUCUUUCCAGCUAACAGUACUCAUACUAAUUUUUAAAAAAACAAAUACAAAUGAAAGAGGCACAUCUCACCAACAGUAAAAUUGGCAUUUAAAAAUUCCCUCCCCAUUCUUUGGUACAGCACAUUAGGUUGAAGAAACUUAACCAGUUGUCUCAGUAGUAAAGAAAUUACUGUUAUGGAAACAAGUUCUGAGAAGACCUUUGAAAGUAUUUUUUUUUUUUUGCAUUAUUAUGCACGCUUCAGAAAUACCUCUUAUUGCUAUCAUCUACUUGGUGUAAGCAUUUGGUACUUAGGGUGGACAAUUUCUUUUAAAUUGGUGGGAGUAAAAUAUUAAGAAAUGUCAUCUCAGUGCAAUAGCAGUAAACGCAAAGACAUUGGAACACAGAUGUGAUAUAAUACCUUUUAUUGGACCAACAUAAGUUUUACAUUUACCCAAGCUUUCGAGCUGGAAGAGCCUUUCGUCAGGAGUUCAAGGGCUUAUGCUAUCUCAAAAGCAUUGCAAAAAACCUAUGUUGAUCCAAUAAAAGGUAUGACAUGAUGUCUGUGUUCCAGUGCCUUUGUGCUUGAAGCCAAUGGGCACCAUGUUUUAAACAAGAAACAUCAUUAUUAAAUUAUCACUAAUGACAUAAGCAGUCAUGCAUUUACAUAAAUGAAAAACUAUAUUGACAUAAUUUUAGUUGCAAAUAUUACACAUUUAUA